CGUUCUCGAGGCUCGCUAGUGCCGCUCUGACCACCGUGGCGGCAGGAGCUCCGGUCAUCGUCAUCGUCAUCGUCGUCGUCGUCGUCGUCGUCGUCGUCGUCGUCGUCGGUUCGCUCUCACCCCGUCGUGAGACGGGGGAUCGGCAUAUCCUUAGUGGUCGGCCAGCUCGGCGGACCGAUCAGCGAUCGUUGGACAUGGACUUGGACACUGGCCGAGCGACGAGCACGUAACAGCACACCUGGUGCUUUCAUCGUCGCGUAGAGGGGCGCAACGUAGAGGAGAGUCCUGCGGAGGUCGUUACACCGAUCGACCGGGUCGGAAGGGCGACCUCGAAGGGUAGAACCUCGUGGAAGGUGGUGCGUGCGAUCGGAUCAUCCGACGGAUCGGCAGCGAAUCGCGCAGUCGGGCCGCGGAUGCGGCCGCGUUAACAAACCGAGGGAUCAGCAUCGUCGUCCUCCGUUUUGCUCUCGUGCGGCCGACUACAAGCCCCGAGCACUAGAGCAUCGCGAUGAGGAGACAGUCGUUUUGCUCGAGUCUGAGCAGCGGGAGUGGUGCCGGCGAGCCGCUGAUCGUCGUCGAAGAGAGCACGUCGGGCGAGGAAGAAGCGGAGCGUCAUCGCACGGAAUCGCCACCGCGAUGCGUAGACCCGGAUUCGCCAUCUUUGAAUCCUUAUCUACUCUCGCCGUGGAGGGACGCCAGGAAGCAUUCCUUACCAACUCCGCAGUGCACAUCCGGGAUAACCGCAUCCCAGGUGCGACGAUUGAGCGAACGCGGUGGAGAAGGUUCCGGCCCGUCGGCGAGGGAGGCCGCUUUCCUGGCGACGCUUUCGCAGGCGCCGGCUCCUCAGGCUGGCGGCCGACGACACUCCGUCGUCACCAUCUCCAGGGUGCCAACUACCCUCUUCGGACGCAACCGUCGAGAAUCCAUCGCCGCGUUUCCCAUGGGAGGCGCCACCAGGAUAUUGCAGAGCCGACGAGACUCGUCGACCGGGCUGAGCGGUCCGCCCAGUAAUAGCGGAAGCACUCAUAAUCUGCAGCUCGAUAUUAUGGACGACAUCGCUGAGAUCAAGGCUAGAAAGGUGCGUUUAAAGAUGUACAAGACCCCGUCCCGAGAGCGCGUGUGCGAGAUCCAGCUUCUCGAGGGUAACGGCAACUCCACGCAAAAGUACACGCAGCAGCAGAAGCGCCGCUUCUCCGAGUUCUCGGCGUCGAUCGCGUCCACGUCGACCUUGCGUAGACGCGCGUCCGAGAUGACGAGGCCGCUGAGCGAGGUCGAGGCGCCGAGCACCUCGGCGGCGGGUAUCAUAUGUUCCAACACCGACCUAAUAUCCAUCCUGAGCUCCUUGACGUCGUCCGCGACGGAGAUCAACACGUGCGGCACCUCGAGCUCGAAGGACGAGCAGAAGUCGAGUUGGCCCAGCAAGACGGCGGAGCAGAAGCGCAGUCGGCUCAAGAGCAGUCGGUCCAACAGCUUCGACGUGUCCAUCUUGCGCAGCGCCAAGAGCAAAGGGUUCAAUAACGGCGGCAAGAACGCCGGCCCCGCCUCGCUCAUGGCGCCGAGCACUUGGUUCGCCAAGCGGCACCAGCCGAUCUCGAAGAAGAACCGCUACCUGGACAACGAAAACUCGCGAUCCUUCAAACUCGACAAGUCGAAGGUGGUCAAAGUUGUCAAAGACACGCUGGGCAAGGCCUCGCCCACCAAGGACUCGGACACCAGGCACAAGGUCGUCUGGGACGACAGCAGUGGUACCAAGGUGGACGCUCAGGUGCUUGGCAGUGCCAUCGAGAAGAUUCUCACAGCCCACAAGGGAGCUGACGCGGAAGCGCCAGCAGCCAGCUCAUCCGGAAAGCCAUCCAUGUCACCGAACAAGCCACGCUCCGGUAAGGUGGCUAGCUGGUUCUCGAGCGGUAACAAGGAGCAGGAGCAGCCGCCGGACUGCGAGCCUUCGAUCUGCUCCUCUCUCAAGGAUCUCUUCGUCAAGUAGUGCAUCACCGUUCCGUUCCCGAUGAUCUCGCGACUCUGUUCGUUCCUUCCUGCGAGAUACGCAACGUUCGACGAUGUACAAUCUAUCGACGAUCCUCCGCGACUCGAUCCCUUUUCCUUUCUCCAUGUCGCGUCAUUAUUUCGGUUGUAUGUUGCUGUGUGAGGCAUGUAAACUCGAUAUUCACGUCCUCUCGACUUUGAAGGCCUCAAAGUCGACAUCUCGCGUCUCCGCGGGAACGUAUACAGAGAGAAAAAUAUUAAACUGAUACGAAAAAUACGUCUUAUAAUGUUUUCUCUCCGAGAGGAAAAAUCCUUCUUUGGAGUACACGUGCGUGAACUCUUUGGAAAUUGUGUCUUUAUAUUUUAACCCUUUCACUGUUAAUGGGAAGUAU